UGCCAAGCACCAAACCGAACGGACGUGUUCUCUUAUUGUCAAAAAAAGAUCAGAGUUACAAAUUAUUUUAAAAAAAUUCCCAUAAUAAAGCGUUAUUUUACGGGGUUAUUUCAUUAACAAACAAAUUAAAAGAGGAAUAUUUAAAACAAAUCUAGAAAAAAUAUUAAAAAAAAGAAAAUUCUUAACAAAUUUUCCUUAAGAAAAGAAAAUUAUUUAAAAUCUUUUACAUAUUAAACAAGUGCCUAAAUAAAUGUGUGAAUAAAGUGUUUUUAUUAAUAAUUAAAAAAAGGAUAUUAUUAAAAAAAAUUUAAGAAAAAUUGUCUUAAAAAUUUGUUUCUAACAAAAUGAAUCAUUUAUCACCACCACCUUCACCUCAAUCUAAACCUACACCUUUGAAUAAUUUCAACAAUCCUGCUUUGGAUAUGAAUUUGGCGAAUUCCAAAAAUUGGAUACAAAGAGCAUCGGCUUUUAAUAACGUUAUGGCUAAUGCAGCCGCUCAAAAGUUAAAUACUAGAGAUUUACCACCCUUCCUCUACAAUCCCCUGCUGUACUCCAGUGCCCUACUAUGGCCACAAUUUUUACUCUCGUCAGCCUCCGCCUUAGGAUCACCACACACUCCCAUAACACCCAAAUCUCCUUUAACCAUUGCCAAUAAUAGAGAUUAUGCCUUAACGCCCGAAAAAGAGGAUGUAUCAGCAUCCUCACAAGAUGAGUGUCCUAAUGAAGAUAUGCCUCUAAAUCUAUCCAUAAAACGUUCACCACAAAAUGAAGAAAACUCUUUGGAAUCAGGCACUCCUUCACCCAUAAGAGCGGUAAAUCUUAAAUCCUCACCACGUACACCAGAAGCUGAAGGAGCCGACGAAGAGGAGGAAGAUUAUGAGCCUGCUGCCAAAAGAAGAUCACAGGGUUCUCAUAUCUGGUCACCAGCCAGUAUGUGUGAGAAAUCGUUAAGAUAUCAACAGCAAACGGAAGAGGAGGGUGAUAUGGAUCCCAUAGUGCGUAAAUUUAAAUAUGAAAGAAGAAAUUCCUAUUCCCGGCAACAGCAACACAACCAUCAACACCAUCAUCAACAACUACAAGAUGCUAAUUUACUAACACCCUUAUCCUCUAUAUCAGGUCCUGCCACCUUUCCACGCACUUCCUCUAAAUCUAAUCCAGAAAUCGAAUUGGCACAACAACAAAUCUAUGCUCAUCGUAAUGCUUUUAUGGCCGGUUUAGCGGGUAAUAAUUUGGAAUUGUUUACUCAACAUUUAAAGGCUCAAACACAAAGGGAAUUGGAAUUGUUGAGACAACAAAGAGUGGAUCUUUAUAUACAACAAUCGAAUAGUGAUAAUGAUAGUAAUGGUGGUGAUUUAUCUUUAAGUGAAGAUUUUCAAGAUUCAAAAUAUCAUCAUCAUCAACAGCAACAACAACAACAUUUUAUUUCCCACCAACAGCAGCAGCAACAACAUCCCGAUUCUACUGCCUUGAUUGGCAGUCUAACAGAUGUGCGCAUGUCUUCGAGUUCGUAUCAGGAUAGUGAUGGUGGUGGCAGUGGUGGUGCUAUUUCACAUAAUGGUGAAAAAAGAACGGCUAGAAAUUUUCAGUGCAAACAAUGUGGUAAAUCUUUUAAACGUUCAUCUACCCUAUCAACACAUUUACUGAUACACAGCGAUACCCGGCCCUAUCCCUGUCAAUAUUGUGGCAAACGUUUUCAUCAGAAAUCGGAUAUGAAAAAACAUACCUAUAUACAUACCGGUGAAAAACCCCAUAAAUGUACCGUAUGCCUUAAAGCUUUCAGUCAGAGUUCAAAUUUGAUUACCCAUAUGCGUAAGCAUACUGGUUAUAAACCCUUCGGUUGUGGUCUCUGUGAUCAGGCAUUCCAACGUAAAGUUGAUUUAAGAAGACAUCGUGAAAGUCGUCAUGAGGAGCAUGCUCUGUCGACUAGUGUUGGUAAUAAUAAUAAUACCAAUAAUCCCUUAGUAAAAAUGGAAGUCAGCAGUAGUUGUUGAAAUCCUUUAAAGAAAAAAAUCUCCAAAAUCUCUUGUAAAUUUUAUAUAAAAUCCAAAAUUUUUUUUGGAUUUUUUAAAAAAGAAAAAAAAAUUGUUGAAAAAAAGCUAAGUCUUAAUUAAAGCCAAAGUUUUUGAACCCAUUUCUUUAAACUAUAAACAAGGCUUUUUAAUAUUAAACUAAAUUUAUAAUAAAACACAUAAACAAACAAA